AUGGAUUACACUAAGAUCCCGCAUUUCGCGCUCUUCAGACAAGCUUGUACUGUGAUAGUUAGGGUCAGGAUGGACCUGGUGGAUACCUUCAGGCGUGUGGCUGCCCAGAUGACUGACCACCCCCGGUGUACACGCAGGCCCUCCACUUGUGAAAAAUGUUCUAGAACUAGAUCAAUUAGCAAAUAUAGUGACUGUGAUAGUGAUUUAGUGGACAAAAAUCGCCGGUAUAGAGCCAGUGCAGCGAGAAGCAGAUACGUCAACGUCUGUGCCGCAGUCUGUCUCGUGCUGCUCGUCGGCAGUCUCUCACCACAAACAGCAGCUGCACCACAUAAAAGAUCAAUGGAUUCUUCAGAAGAAAAUGUACUAUGGGGAAAUCCCUGCGAUUACAACUCCAAUCAAAAAUCAACGGGUGCCUACACAGCGGAUCUCGCGAAAAAGGUCGCACUCCAAGCAAAGAGCGCCUACGAUUCAACGGCAAAAUACAAAGAUGAAUUCGCAUACAAGUUGCACAGUUAUGAGAGGUUUAACGACUUGUUACAAAUGUGGAGUAGCAACGAGUGGCUGCGAAACUUUACCUGGUUCCCUGAAGAGGGGUUACCGAAAGACAAGGUCCUAUACCAGCGCAUGUCCGAUGCUUACAUGGAUAAACUAAUGAAACAAAUUGACAAAGUGUUACCGUCGAUGUACAAGGGCUUGAAGAUGGUGGUGGCUGGCUUGGAUUCCAUACGACAGGACUUCAAGCUUAACUCCAACAUUCCACUGGACUCGAGCCUAGAAAGAAACAUUAUGGAGAGCAUGCACGAAGUACGGGCUGUCCUUUGUUACUUUAAUGACAUGAUGAGAUCCCGGGACCUCCAAAUAUUGCCAUUGCCUAACACCGAGGUACCGAACAUCAAGGAUGAAGACAGGCUCUCAUACGCGCUCCUGGUAUACCGUGACACCCUCAACUAUUUGGAAUACCUGAAUCAAGUGUUCCAGAAAAUGUACGAUGAGGAUUCUCUUAAAGCCAAAUAA